AUACGUUCAGCUGGAGUUCUCUGAGAAAGAGCCACGCACGGUGGUAACAGGAAAACACCAAGACAAAUUUGCCAGAAUAUACCUUUUGGAAGAUACUCUUUGCAGCCGAAAAGGCACACCGUACAGAGAUAUCACCCUCCCACUAGGAGGGGGUGAUCCCUCUACUUCGUCAUCGCCGUGGGCAGCUUCAUGCUCGCGUAAAAGUCGGCACUGUUUCUUGUGUGCAAAGAGUCGUUUGUGUUAUAUGAUAUUUCAGAGUGGUCGUUGCAACCAUGUUCGGCACGAAUACCCUGUCGCUUCCCCCUCCUUUCGCCCAUGAGCAUCACCCUCUUCGAUUGACCUCUGAGACUCCGCGCCCUCAACCAGCUGGCGGGUGCCGAUAUGUUUUGUCACACCCAUCGGCUCAGAAUCAACAGUGCUCAUGUCAAUCCUUCCAUCACAAUCGAACCGCGCCAGGCAAUAUUUGUGACUGCGGUCAUCAAGCCUGCUUUCAUGUUCAUGACGUUGCGAAACAAACCUCGGAAGCCCUCAGCGCUACAAUCGAAAAAUUAGGUGAAAAGAUCAGACGUUUGGAAGAAACCAUUCAGAGUGAGCGAGGAAAUAGAGAAGCUGCCUUAAGCAGGGAAAGACAGUUAUGGGAAGGAGACACCCGCAUCCUGCGCGAGGCUUUAGCACCGUUCUAUCAAAACGAGAAAGAGAUGCGCAGGAAGAUUCUGGAACUAGAGAGCAAGCUGGGAAAUUACAACGACGAGCAGAUCCGUCUUCGAGAACGCGUCCUCGUGGUGGAUGAUGUCUACGUCGCGAUAGAAAAUCGCGUGGAAGAAUUGGAAAGUCUCCGCUCAAAGAGGAGACGGGUGGGUCGGGCUCAUGGUCAAGACGAACCGCCCUUGCAGAAUGGCCAUGUCUCACCCGAUACUGUUGCUGCGAGACCAGUCUCGUCGAGCGUCGAUGGGAGAUCUGUCCAUACAGCUUCCUCACGCCCGUUGUCGGCCAACGGGUCCGGAUCAACCACCACUGACCCCGAAGAGCCUCGUUCCAGUGGAAUACUCAACCUUGUGGAGAUGCCACGAUCGGCGCCGCUCAACAUGCCUCAGCGUCUAUCCCCUUCACAGGAGGAGCCAAGAUCAAGCGGCUUCUUGACUAUUGACCGUGUUGACCGACUAGCUCAAACCGGUUCUGAACAAGCACAAACAGUUGCACUUCACCACGCAGCCCGCAUCACUCCUCCUCAUGACCGUCCAAGUCCGCCCAUUCACGUCAAACUUUUCACAGAUAUCCCUAGGUCUGCUCCCACCCCUCCGGACAAUGGGCCUAAGAAAGUGCCGAUGCUCGACGUCAUGGUACUACCAGUCAAUACUUCACCAAAAAAGAGAAAGUACCACCUCGACCACACCGCCUUGGAUGUUCUGGCGGACGUGAGCAUAUCCAGUCCACUCAUUCAUUGAGACCUCGGUCUCUCGUUUUCUUUCUGGUCACUUCCGGCCUUCCACCAUUAUGAUAUGAUAGCCGUGGCUUGUUUUCACUUCCGCAUCUGUCCGGCAGAUUGAUUAGCGCUGAUGGGUGACCGUCAUUUGAGCGACUCGGGCAGCAUUUUCAGCAAGCGACAU